AUGUCUGCUUCCAACGGCGCCAUCAUGUUUCCGAAUACCUUUAUGAUGCAAGAGCUUGUGCGCACUUACUUUGACCAAGUUCUCGAUGGCGAGGAGCAAGGCAAUCUAGUUGACAUGCCAUCAGUCUACACUAUUCCUAAGGGAACACGCAUUCCCAGCCAUCUUAUUCUCAUCAACGAGUACACUGCUAGGUUCUCUCUCCAGCCGUCACGCGGCAUGCCACUCAAAGAUCUAAAUCAAGCCUUGGAUGAGUUCUAUGCCAAGCACGCCCACAUGGAGGCUGCAGAGAAAUGGCUGGAUGCACACCCCUUCCAAGAUGCUAUACCAGAUGAUGCAGAUGCCGCGUGGACGGCCAAGUAA